AUGCUCUGGAGAAAUCACUCGGACGUCCCAGGGACCCAGGAUUUCAGGUCAGACAAGUCGCCCACAACCACAGGAAUGUGCUCCCUCCCCAUGGCAAGAUACUACACAAUUAAGGAUGCGGAUCAGAAGGCUCUAUACUUAAGAGGCGACCAGCUCCUGGUGGGAGAUCCCAGUGUGGACAAUUGCUGUGCAGAGAAGAUCUGCAUACUUCCCAACAGAGGACUGGACCGCACCAAAGUCCCCAUCUUCCUGGGGAUCCAGGGAGGCCGUCGCUGCCUAGCCUGUGUGGAGACAGGAGAGGGGCCUACCCUGCAGCUGGAGGAUGUGAACAUCGAGGACCUGUACAAGGGUGGUGAAGAGGCCACACGCUUCACCUUCUUCCAGAGAAGCUUGGGCUCAGCCUUCAGGCUUGAGGCCGCUGCCUGGCCUGGCUGGUUUCUCUGUGGCCCAGCUGAGCCCCAGCAGCCAGUACAACUUGUCAAGGAGAGUGAGCCAUUGGCCCGCACUGAGUUCUACUUUGAACAGAGUCGGUAG